AUGCCACCUCCCAUCGAUCCAGAAACCAUUUACACCAAGCAAAGUUGUAUCGGUAGGUGUUCCGGUCCUUGGGCGUUGGCGGCGGAAGCUUUGGUAAGGUAUUCAAAGGGCAAGUCUAAGACCUUCCAUAUCAACGUCUUGGUUCAACAAAUCGCUGACCUAAUUCGAAUGAUUAGUCUGGAUAGACGCACUGGAGAAUCAGUGGCUAUCAAAAUUAUUGACGUCGAGAAUGCCGAGGAUGAUGUCGAUGAUAUCAUCAAGGAGAUUGCCAUCUUGUCUGAGCUGAAAUCACCCUAUGUCACCAAAUACCAUGGCUCAUACUUAAAGGGCUCUCACCUGUGGAUCAUCAUGGAAUUCUGCGCUGGUGGUAGUUGCCACGGCCUCUUGCGACCAGGUGUGAUCCACGAGGAGUACAUUGCCAUUAUUCUUAGAGAGCUUCUGCGGGGGCUGGACUAUCUCCACAGUGACCAGAAGCUGCACAGGGAUAUCAAAGCUGCCAACAUCCUUCUCAGCGCGAGUGGUCAAGUUAAAUUGGCGGACUUUGGCGUGUCGGGACAACUGUCGGCAACGAUGACCAAGAAGAAUACCUUCGUAGGUACUCCAUUCUGGAUGGCUCCCGAAGUUAUCAAACAAUCUGGAUACGAUUACAAGGCCGAUAUUUGGUCCUUGGGUAUCACGGCAAUUGAACUGGCCUGUGGUGACCCGCCUUACGCCGAUAUCCACCCAAUGAAAGUGCUGUUCUUGAUUCCCAAGAACCCGCCCCCAACAUUAACAGGCGACUUUAGUAAGCCUUUCAAGCAGUUUGUUGAGCUUUGCUUGCGCCGGGACCCUAAGGAGCGUCCGUCAGCCAAGGAGCUUUUGGAGCAUCCGUUCGUGAAGCGUGCCAAAAGAACAAGCUACCUGACAGAACUCAUUGAGCGCGCCGAACGUUGGCAAAUAACCCAUCGAGGUCAAGAAGACGACGACGAAUAUGAUGAGUAUGAUGACAGAGAAGCCGACCAAACAGCAAAAGACAGAACUCAGGAAAAGGAAGACCUUUGGGACUUCGGCACUGUUCGUCCUGUGGGAAAAUCACAUGCCUCCCCUUUACGCCCAGUCACCAAAGGGCCAGACAGCAAUGCGCGAACAAAUGAGACAGAGGAGUGGGAUCUGUGUGAUGCAGCACCCCAACAAGCCGGAACAACCCAAACCCAAUUACACGCUCAAGUGAUUCCAGCAGAACCAGCAAACCCUGCUUUCAAUGUUUCUCCCACCAAAACCCCCCUCCCUCCCUCUGCACCAUCUUCCCCUCUCAAGCAACGCCCCUCCCAGACUGUACUUCCUCCACGCAAAGUCGUGUCUCCAGUGGCUACCAAAACCGCAGUGGACAGCCCUUCCAUAAGGGAGUUGAACGGACAAUACACACAGGCAACGCCUCAAUACCCAGGAAAACUUGAUACAACUUCUCCAGCCAAUUCUGGCUCCGUGGUUAGUAACCAAGGCACCCCUUCCAAACAAUCCUCCCUCAUUCCCCUUCACGACCAACCCCGCACUCCAUCUGGUCAAAUUCUGCAUAGGCCAACUCCACUUUCUCGCGCCAUUGCUGAUUCUCUGGGACAAAAGCCACAAUCUCCGCGCAUUCCUCAGGCUGCACUACCUCUGGGACACCAACCACAGUCCCCACGUGUUCCUCAGAUUGCUCUUCCAAGACAUACAGAUCCACUGCAACAAGGAAAGCCAGUUUCCGGACUUAAGUCUAAGCGCGCAACAGCAAACCGAGCAGAAGCGUUCCCCCGACCCCUCCCUGAGGCUGAGCGGGCAACUGCCUGUGGAACUGUGAUCCUCCCAGCCCUCCGUGCAGCAAUGGAUCGCCGCCGCAACCACCUCGUCCGUCUCGAACCCGGACGUAACCCUAACGACCCCCCGCCUACGCCAGAACAGGAGAAGGACUUCGACCGCAGUGUCCGCAUCCAUCAUGGUCUGGAGAAGGUUGCCGAAGACAUUGCUCGAGCUUUCAGUAACCUCCACCACUGGGAUAUGGAGAGUCCUGUCGACAUGGGUGGUGGUGUUGAUGCUGUUCUUGACGCAUUCCUCGAGGAGGUUCUUGUCCGGUUGCAGCCCAAUACUGGCGUGUGA